GGUCCUUCUCAUUUGUGUGAGUCAUGCUUUUGCUGUGAGCGAGUUGGCAGCUCUAAGCAGGACUGGGAUCUCUGUCACAGAAAACUGUUACUUCACCCAACCUUAACGGGGAACCAUAAGAAAUUUCUUAAAAAUACAGAUUUUUUUGUUCUUCCUUGUACUAUUUUCUUUUUUACCCCAAAAUCUUGUUAUCCAUCCGUGUUGUUAUGAAUCGCCUGCUAUGUUAGCACAGGCACCUCCUGCGUUGGCAUCAGAUUUGCCAGAACAUAUGCAGGAAACCAGAUAGAAGGGCAUGCUUCAACGUACCAAGUAUAACCGCUUCAGGAAUGAUUCAGUGACAUCAGUUGAUGAUCUUAUUCACAAUUUGUCCAUGAACAGCAAGGUCUCAGCAGUUGCUACGACUUCAACAGCACCUUCGUACCUGGUCUCGCCAGGGGUUCUCCGCAAGGACCAGGAAGAUGGACCCACCACCCUGUGUACCCUUAUCCAUAAAGUGUCCCACUUGAAACUCUCUAACACAGGCAGCCUUUUGGGUAUCAAAAACCUCUCCUCUGCAGUAAAGGAGCUUGCUGUCUCCAAGUUGCAGGGAAGCUCGAGUGCUUCUAGCUCAGCAGCAGGGGCUUCAGACAACACACGUAACCUUGUCUCUGCCACUUCGUGUUCUCAGCAGGACGUGAGCAAGAUGAGCAUGGGGAAAAAAACACGGUCAGAGGAAAUGCACCCGGGAGGUGAAGACUGGAAUCGAAGUAGCAGCUUUGUCAAUAAACCCUCUCGAGGAUGGCUGCACUCGAGUGAGAAGAUCCUGGGACCUGGUGUGACGUACAUUGUGAAGUACUUGGGGUGCAUAGAAGUCUUGCGCUCAAUGAGAUCUCUUGACUUCAGUACUAGAACACAGAUUGCAAGGGAAGCAAUCAGUCGUGUUUGUGAAGCCAUGCCUGGUACCAAAGGAGCCUUCAAGAAACGAAAGCCACCAAGCAAAGUUCUUUCUAGCAUCCUGGGAAAGAGCAAUCUUCAGUUUGCCGGAAUGAGCAUAAUGCUGAAUAUCUCUACUACCAGCUUAAACCUAAUGACUCCUGAUACAAAACAGAUCAUAGCAAAUCAUCAUAUGCAAUCUAUUUCCUUUGCAUCUGGAGGUGAUCCGGAUACAACUGACUAUGUUGCAUAUGUAGCUAAGGAUCCUGUUAAUCGGAGAGCUUGUCAUAUACUGGAAUGCUGUGAUGGCCUGGCCCAGGAUGUCAUCAGCACCAUAGGGCAAGCAUUUGAGCUUCGGUUUAAGCAAUACUUGCGAUGCCCUUCUAAGAUACCUACUUUUCAUGAUAGAAUGCAGAGUUUUGAUGAGCCCUGGAUGGAGGAAGAUAACGAGACGACAGAACAUCCCUAUUAUAACAACAUCCCAAAUAAAAUGCCCCCCCCUGGCGGCUUCAUUGAUGCCAGGCUCAAAGCAAGACUUCCCACUGCUGCAGAUACAGCUCAGUCUGCAGCAGGAGUGGGAGGAGAGCAAACCUAUUACCAGAGUCGUCACUUAGGAGACAAAUUCAAUGAAGACUGGCAUCAUGGGCCUGUUAAGCAAGGAUCUCUGGAUAUUUGUAGUAUGCCAGAAGGGAAUUCAAAAGUAAGCCCAACAGCAGAGAUGCCAACAUACGUAAACACACAGCAUAUAAAUAUAGAAGCUCUACUGGCACUCCAGGCAGAUGCUGAAAGUACCUUCAGUGGAACAGCAGAUGAUACCAAAGAGAGCAGCCCAGGAAAGGAUCUGUUUGACAUGAAACCAUUUGAAGACGCCCUCAAGAACCAAACAUCUGAGGCUGCACUGAGGAAAUCUACCUCCACGGGAUGCACCAGUCCUCUUUUAUCGAGAGCAGCUGACUGGACUGUAGCUGAAGAGCUGAGUACAGAGCCGUGGUAUCAAGGAGAGAUGAGCAGGAAAGAAGCAGAGCAGCUGUUAAAGAAAUGUGGAGACUUCCUUGUGAGGAAGAGUACCACGAAUCCCGGCUCCUAUGUGCUGACAGGCAUGCACAAUGGACAAGCCAAGCAUCUUCUUUUGGUAGACCCAGAGGGAACCGUUCGUACAAAAGAUCGUGUCUUUGACAGCAUAAGUCAUCUCAUCAAUCAUCAUCUUGAGAAUAAUUUGCCAAUAGUUUCUUCUGGGAGUGAACUCUGCCUGCAGCAGCCUGCUGAGAGGAAACACUGACUCCAGAUAACUAUUUCAGUUUUUGUAAUUUGCAAGCUAUAACUGGUAGAAAUUGCAGAUCUGAAAAAACAUGCACAUUAAAAAGAAAUGCAUAUUCACAUAUAUUUCACCAGUAUGUUUUCUGUAGGUUUAAGAAGCCCCAUUUCACAUGGUACUUGAAAAUUCUCAAUGCUUUAUGUAGAUGUGAAGUCACAGCAAAAGGCUUUCUUAAAAAGUAAUUUCAAUAAAAUUGUUCGGAUUCUCUAAUGUGAAUACUGAUAGUGUAUAUAUGCACAUUAUAUAGAUAAAUACAAUAUAUAUUUAUAUUUUUCAAGUCUGUCUGUGGAUGGUAUAGAACUAUCUUCUGUGCCAUGUGUUUUUACCAGAAGAAAAAUUCCAGUUGUGAUUGUUCAGAUCAAAAUAGAAUUUAGCAGUCUCAAUUUCAUGAGAAGAUGAAUAUUGAGAAUCUUAUUUCUGAUUUUACCUAAGAAGCACAACUAUGGGGAUUACAGGUGGAUUAUGCUGCUUAACCGUGAAAGGAAUCUGAACUCAGCAACUAGUAUUCCAACUCAGAAAUUUAGCAUAAAAUGAUUUUUAAAGGCGUUAUUCAGUGUCACUGAUAUCAAAAGCAUUUUAUCUUUCUGAUGUCAAGUUUGAAUUCUUAUAUGAUGCUACUCAAAACAUUUGUAUUUUGCUUUAACAAUUAUUUGGUGUGAUCUCUCUGUGUACAAGAUGUGUGCAUUUGAUUUUUCUAAUGAUAAUGUAACAAUAGUCUGUAACUUUAAUUUAUUAAUUUGAGUGCUAAGGUUAUUUAUAAGUAGUUCUCUGCUUAUGGUGAAGAUCUAGGUGUCCUUGACUACCAGUCUCCAGUGAGAUGUUACAUACAGAUUAGGCAAGUUCAAGUAACUUGUGUCUAAUAGGUUUGAUGCAAGAUGUACAUGGUUGUUCAAAGACAUAUCUGAAAAAGCUUUUCUUCAUAUAAACAGUGAAAACUAUCAUGACUCAGUGGUCAGUUUUGCAAAUGAUGCCAUUUGCGUUUACUUACCAAAGCAUAACUUCACUUUGGCCUUCAGCAAGUGAUAGGUAUUGCAAAUAUACUGCUUUUCUCUACAUACCAAGUUGAAAAAUACACAUACACUACAGAUGUGUUUCUGGCAGAAAUGCCCUUGAGUUUUGGUGCUGGGAAAUCUUUUAAGGAAGGUUUUUACUAUUCAAAUGCAAGCACGAUAUGAAGUGAUUUUCCUAUUUUAUGAAGUUUAUCAAGAGCCAAAUUCAAUAGACACAGUUCCUGUAAAGGCAAAGUUUGUGCCAGAGCCAGGAUUUAGCCUUCAGCAUUCCAAGGUCUUCUCUAGCACCAGUAUCUCAAAUAAAACUUUCAGACUUGAUUCACAAAGGCCAAGACUCAGCAGGAUAAGUCCAGGUUAAGCACCUGCCUACCCUGAAGCAGUCAAUACUUAAAUCUACUUAAAAUUAGAUUUGGUUUUAAGAUUUUGCUAAAUUUAAAGACUUGUCAAACUACAAUCAAACUGACCAAAGGAUUCACUUAGAAUACAUUCAGGUAGGAUCAUGAUAUUAAAAUCCUGGAGUGAUUUUAUUGUACCUUCUGCUUUUAAAUAUGGCCAAGUUGCAACUUGGAAAGUUUGCUUUUGGUUGAUCUCAAGAACAAAAAUGAUUGAGGCACCAAAGACUAAUCACAUGAUCCAUUCAAUAAAAAUACACUUGGUUCUGUAAUUAAGGCCUUCAGAAGCCAAACUAAGACAUGAGUUUAAAAAAUGCUUGUAAUUAAUUUUAUUGCAGAUAGCUAUUAGUUGAUAUUUCUAGGUCUGGGUGGGAGCUAAGAGUAAAAGAAAGAAAUUAAAUGGUUCAUUGUAACACAAAUUAGUAUGUUAUGAUGGUUAGUGGAAUUGUUAAAAUUUGGGUUGUCCUUUUACCAGUUUGGAAAUUGCAAGGGAAUGUGAGGAGAUCUCAUACCCCCAAAGCAGUUUCCAUCAAAAUUAUUUUAUUUAUGAGCAUCCAUUUCUCACCACAUUCCAGUUUGAAGUAUCUUGGUUUCAACCUUUUUUGUCACAUAUAACACUUAUCAUUCCAUGCUCCCACUUCCCUAUAGCUACGACCUUGAAAGGUUUUAGUGUGGUAUCACUAAGUAUAAGAGAAGGCCUUUUUUGUACUUUGAAUGUGGUAUAUCACUUCAGUAAGAUCCAGGUGCCUAAAUCCCUUAGGUGCCUUCAAAAAUCCCACCUGCUGCCUAUGUCUGUUUUAGAUUUGUAAAUACCCUGUCAGUGUAUGCCUGGAAAAAUGUGAUAAUAUAUGGGUGUAUGAAUGAAGACACUAAACAUAUGCUGAAAUAGGUGUCUAAAAUUUUUUACCAUUGUCCUAGCUGUAGCUUUAGUAACUUAGCAACCACUUACCUGCCUGUUUUGGAAAUUAAAGCAGGUGGCAAGGAGACACAAAAUGAAGCAGCUUGACAGAAAUAUUAAAUUCCCCAGACUACAUUUCACAUACUCUGCCUCCAGGAAAAUGUGGCUAUUUUAAGCUGCUCUGUCAGCAUAGCCAAUUUGCCCAGCUCAGCAUGCACAUCGAUGAAGCAAAGGUUACACAUAGCUUGAUCAGAUGCAACUUGGUCCUAGGUAGUGGUAGUGCCUUUGGGCUGCGACAGUGCCCUGCUGCCACAAUGGGCCAGCAGAUCCUAUCUGGCCAGGUGUGAUGAUCCAGAGGCUUUUCCAAGUCACUGGGAACCAAACGACCUCAAAGCUGUCCAAGAAGGAAGGGCAUGUGAGCCAAUCAAUGCUCCUUUUGUGGAUCCUGCCAUUUUCUUUGUCACUGCCACUCUUGUAGAUUUGGCUUUCCCCUAUACAAGAAUAAUAUAAAAAUUGUAUAGCCAUUUGGAUAGCAGUUCCAGGCCUGUGGUCAUUAGAGUCAAAAGACCAUUUUACACUGCGCUCAGCAAGAGCUAGUUGAUCCUGCCGGAGAGGCAGAGCUCAUUUCUCUGAGGAGCCAACACUGCCAGCAAUUUUAGAGAAGUUAUGAGAUGGGCUCAAAAGCCGUGCGAUUGGCUGAAAACCAGACAGCUGACAGGAUAACAAUUUGAGGCUUUUAACGUUUGACUUUGGUUCUGAGUUCCCCUCAUUUCUUACCUUCUUUCAUUCAACCCCAAUGGCUAGACACUUGCUGGUGAUAAUUCAGUACCAUGACUUAAAGAACAGGGAUUCUACUGAAAGAACAAAUUUACUAGACUCAACAGAAAUCUGAGAUUAGACAAUAUUAUUGUAUCAUUUGAUAUUUUCCCAGGGGAUAGGUGAGAACUCAGAAUUGAAAUUAAAUAUCCUGCAAGACUGUCUACAUUGAUCCUGAGUCCUAUCUGAUUAUCAGUUUUGAUUUCAGUUGUGUUGCAGCUAUGUGAACUGUGGGCAAUAAAAACACAUUUGACUGCUUUAAACAAAGAACUUUCAAAAGUAAACCAAAUGCUUCUGAUUCAUUUUAUUGCAGACCCAGAGUAAUUAUUAGGAUAAUAAAAUUUUCCAGUGAGGCUGGCAGUGAUAGACUGGACAUUGAGGCACAGGCAUGAUCCCAAACAUUCAGUUAUUUAAGAUGCUUCAGAAGCUAUGAAACCUCAAAGGUAGAAAAUGUGAUUUGAAGACUGGAUUACCUUCUGACUUCAGCAGGCGUUUGCCCAGAGUGAGGACUCCCAGGUUUCUCUCCCUAAUGCAAGAAGAGGACAUUCAAGUUGGCCAUGCCUGGGUGGAGACUAUAGAAGGAGAAGCAAUUUCCAAGGCUUCCUGCUUGCCUCCCUGCCCACGACUUUGCACACACAGUGAGGAUACAAGGUUAUACAGAAGAGUCCCCACACUUCACAUUUUACUGGGUUCCCAAUGGGAGGUAACACUGGUUCUGCCAGAAACCCCUCUGCCAGAUGUGUUCAGUAAAAGCUUGGGCAAGGGACAUAGUCCUGGGACCAGGAUUUGAGUGCAAAAUGUGCACUGUCACCUGAAGAAUAUGUUUACUAACAGUCUGGUAAAUGUCACCUGCAGGCACUAGAUUUUCUAUAUCCUAGGUUCAUUCUUUUUCUCCUCUGCGAAAAAAUAUGUUCACAUUUCUUAUCAUCAUGGUCCCCAGGCAUGAUGCUGUGCAGUAAGAUGAGGAGAAUUUAAAAAAAUGUAUACCACAGUGUGACUGCUGCUGGCACAUCAAGUACCAGAUGCCAGCUACAAUGUAUUCAUAAUAGAAUUGAUGCAUAUUUAGAUAUUUUUAAGUAGCAAGUGCUCCAUUUGAAAACUAGCAGAGUUUUGCAGCCUCCAGGAAAUCUGCAGCUCUAAAGAGGAAAUUUGGAACUUGUGCAUGUUCUGACAAAAGGUUACAAAUUCUGCUUUCAAGCUUUUGUUCUUAGCAUCCACUGUCUAUCUGAAGUAAGUGGUAGAACUGAGAAUUUAUAUUAAGUAAACCGCAUUUGCAUAAACAAAGUCUAAGCUGAAAUAACAUGCACACUUCCCUUUUUAUCUUCCAGACAUUUUCAAAAUAUGUCUGUGUAAAAUCCAAAUGCAGAUUUACCUUAGCGUAUUGUCAAAAAUAUGGUGAUUUGAGUGGUCUUUUUGCCCACACCUAGGGUUGCACUCCACAAAUCUAUGCUUGCUCAAAGCUGUCAGGGGAUGGGCAAAUUCCCACUAAAGGCUCUGUGCUCCACUGUACCUACUCUAGCCACUCGCACACAGUGUCUGUGGACCAUCCUCACAUCUGCAUUGGAUGCAGCUGGAAUGAGGGCAGGCCUGUGGAAAAGAUAACAUGGACAUACAAUUUGCCUGCAGUUAACCAGAGGCUUGGAUAGGGAGUGAAAAGCUGUCUUGGGAGAGAAAAACUCAGGGGUAGGAAAUGUGAAGCUUGAAAACGCGAGCCAACAGGCAUAUAAACCACUAAUGAAAACAGAGAGCUGUUGCCAAAUUAUAAACAUGCUAAUUGGUUGAUAGGGUUAAAGCAGAACCUCUGGGAAGAUGAACUGCAAAAUACUUAGGCAAUGCCUACUGCUCAUCUCUUUUUGAGACAUUUAUGUUCAUAAGCCUUGAUUUGUUCCUCUGCAUACUCCAACAUAAGGAUCUUGUAUGGCUUCCACUGAGAAAAAGCAGUUUUUUUUGUCUCAGUAAGGGGGAAAAGAUUUCAGAGCUACACAUUUCUAGCAAAAGCACCAUAUAAAGAGCGUUUAAAGUUUGUUUGACAACAGGACAGGCCAUGGAAACCAAA